AUGUCACAACAUCCAAUGCACUACCCUCCCCCUCCAACUCAAGGACCUCAAUACGCUCAGAUUCAGAAAACUGGAUCUUUCCCAGUUGCUCAACCAUCCCCCGGUUUUCCUCCGCCAAAUUUCAGUUAUCCUCCUCCUCCCACACAACAAGCUCCACAGACAGAGUUUCCGCCUCCCCCGUCUGUGAGCCCUCCAAACGAGAAGAGCUUCGCUUCCCAAAAUGCUGCUGCGUUUGCCGCGAACACAGCCCUCCCUCAAUCACCACCUCCCCCAUUCAACGAAAAGGCCUACGCCCAGUCGAUAGUUUCUCAACCCACGCCAUCUCAAGCCUCCCAUGGAGCAUCACAGUCACUCGGUGGAGGGUCCUUUGUAGGGGUCACCUCUACAACUCCAGACGAUGUGGGAACCUUUAACGGUGGGAGUUACCGUGUCAGUCAUCGAGAUUGUAACACCGUCCUCACCCUUCAACUGGCUGUUGGGUGCCCACUUCGUGUGAAACCCGGUGUCAUGAUUGGCAUGUCUCCUACGAUGACACUCAAAGGUACAAUCAACUUUGGGCUAGUGAAGCUGAUUUCGGGAGGUGAAAUGGCUACAUCUGAGUACACUGGACCAGGUGAACUCUUGAUUGCACCAACAGUCCUUGGUGAUGUUACCGUCAUCCGACUUGCGGAGCCACAAAAAUGGCAAGUCGGCAGAGAUGCAUUUCUCGCCUCAACAAGCGGCGUCAAAUAUGACCACAAAGCUCAGAGCUUGUCCAAAACAUUCUUUUCUGGUGAGGGACUGUGGAUAUACAGUUUCUAUGGGACCGGUUUGCUGUGGUUGCAAAGUUUCGGAGCAAUCCUUAAGAAGGACCUUGCGGACGGCGAAACAUACUUCAUCAACAACGGCCAUCUUGUAGCCUGGAACUGCAAGUACAAGCUUGAACGCGUGGCCUCCGGCGGCAUCCUUUCCAACAUCAGUGCAGGCGAGGGCUUGGCCUGUAAAUUCAUCGGCCCCGGCACCGUGUAUCUCCAAUCCCGCAACGUAGCGGCGUUCGCUAUGCAAAUUGGGGCUGCGAAGUUACGUUGA